CUGAUAGGUUAUUGUAUACGGUAAUGUGAGUCUACAUAGAUAUGUUUCAAACCGAAGAUUGUGCCUCUGGGGUUGCGAUAAUGUAAGAAAAGACAACUUGAAAAAUAGGAAUGGCUUUACCCUACAUUUUAAUUGGCUUGCUAAAUUUGCUUUUAUCAACUCCAUGUAUGGCUUCAAACUGUCCUAUAAGGCACUCAGCUCAAACGCAUUACGAGGAAACUGAAGUCAAAGAGAACGCAUGGGCAAAUUUCAGUUAUCCACUUUCAGGAAAAAGCGGCAAGAUGUUAAAAAACUCCGAUUAUAAUAUUGAAAUCAAAGUGUGUGAAAAUGGAAUAUUGUCAAUGGCUUGUUGGUGUCGAUGUGUACCACACAAUAACAUUCUAUGUAGAAACGAAAUCACCGAAUCAGUCUGCGAUGCCGACAACUCUGAGAUGCGCUUGUCCCUCCUGGGAAAGAGGAGCUAUAGUGAUAUUGUAUGGGAGUUUUUCACACAGGGUGUUCCUCCAGUUGUGUUGAAACACACUAAGCUGAAAGUUGUAAAUCCUCCAGUAAUCGAACAGCUCACUGUGAAUGGAAAGCAAGAAAGCAAAAUAUAUGUAAACGAGACGGAAAAGAUUCGUGUUUUCUGCUCCUUCUCUAAUGGACACCCUCCAGUGACCAUCCGGCUGCUGGAAGUAGGUGGACGAGUAAGCAACUCGUCGAAUGCCACAAAAGGACGGAUUGAGCUUUUCUUUAAAGCCUAUCGCUGCACGGAUGUCUGGCAUUCUGUCAGGUGUGAGGGACCGAGUUCGGAACUGAACCGGUCUGUAAGCAUUCUUGUCAAGUGUCCUCCCCAAUUUUCAAGUGUGGCUGCGGAAGAUCUCGAUUUGUCAAGGAAUAAGCAAGAUGGAUUGAAUAUCAGUAUUAGGUCCCACACACAAAAUAUCAGCAAGUGUGAAAUGAAAGAGUCCUCAAGACAGGAGGUGAAGAAGGUGGAGUGCAAGCCUAUUGGAAGUCCCCCUGAUUUUAACUUAACCCUGCUGUUUGGUGUGCAAUCAUGGAUUGGAGAAGGAAACUGGACUUUGUUUCUCACAAAUGAUGUUGGAACGUCAGAAAAAACAUUCUUAUUCAAACAGAAAACAGCCUUGAAUGAUGCAAAGUCUCCCGGUCCUGAGGAAUGGAAAAUGAUUCUUCUAAUAGUGUCAGCCUGUCUGCUAGGUGUUACGGUUUUUGUUGCUGUAGCCCUUAUCCUGUGCAUUCUGAAAAACACCAAACGACACGAAUCAGCAGAAAGACCUCAUAGGACCCGUAUGAUGUCAGCGAGAACAAUUGAAAACAACAAUGACCAACACCAGGACGACAUCUACAAUAAUGUUACAGAGGACGAAGCAGUAAGCCUCCCUCGUGCAUCAAGCGCUUCAGAAACUCAGCUCCAAGAGUCAGCUUCCGGUGGUAGGAAUCCUGACGGCUUGAUAUACGGAGAUUUGGACUUCUCGAACAAGACAGCGACUAACAUGAUCAUUGGUUCUGAGUCAGAGACACAGUAUGCUGACAUUCACUUUGCAGCUGCUGCCAUAGAAUAAAGUAUCUUUGAAACCAUCUUAACCACUAGUCAUUUUUAAUAAACUAAAUAUAAACAGCUAUUUACUACCACACUUCUGGAACUAUGCAUACUAAUGAAUUACAACGACUAAUUAAAAAGUAGAAUAUCUGCAGCAACAUUAAAAGACUACUUGUAUUAUGUUUUGUGUAAAGAACUUAUAUUCAAAAUUUUAUGGAUAAGUAUA